GAACGUUGCACGCCGUGCCUCGGCUCUCUCCCAAGAGACAGCGAUCUCGUCGCUCCGAUUCGCAUCGCCGUCGGGGACGCGCAUGCCCGGGCGCGCGAACCGUCGACGACUCGAAACCGACCCCGGCCGCUCUUCGCGGACCCCGAGUCCGAGGCGCUGGACGGUCGGACGCGCGGCGAAUUCGAAGUGGCGCCUGACCGGUCGGUCCCGGUUCUGUGACACGUGAAGUUUCAGUGUGAGUUAGAGUGAGAAGGAACCUACGGCUCGAAGGCCGAAUCGCUCCGAUCGACCCCGAUGGUGAACGUUUCGGGAAACUCGCGAGUCUCGAGAGCGCCGGUCGCGGCCAUGGAUCCCAGGGCCCUGUCGGUCGCCAAGAACACGGGGUAGACGCAGACCGCGUCGUCCGGAGACGACGCGACCCUGAGACGAACCGAGCGAUCGCGGAAGGACAUUCGAGGGCGGAAGACCGACCGGCUUCGCGGACCCUGAGACGACGGAGGGCCUCUCGCGGCGCACGUGGGACUCCCCCCGACUCUCGUUUGCUCCUUGUUAUUCCUUGCCAUAUAGUUUAUUUAUUUUUCCCUCUUCCUAGAUACCGAUUCCCCCUCCAUCCCGGUACUCGACCCUGCCUCUUGAGAUCAAGAGCGGUACUCCGGAGAGUUCAACGUCGUUUCUAGAAGUCACGUAUACUCGGAGAUCGUUUCAUCCAAGGAUCUCGCCCUUCCCUGGCGCCGUUGAUCCUCGAGAUUCCUUGGACGCCCAAGCCCAACAGGGGGAAGAACCCGCGUCUGGGAUCCCGCAGAAGAGAACGCGCACAUCCUGACCCGUCUCGGCCGGACAUCGCGAUGUCGCCCGCUCCCAGGAGAAACGAGGCACGCGUGGCUCGCGCCCUCGCGCUAUCUCGUCGACGUUGCGCCUGACCCGUGAAUUGAUAUCGCGCCUCCUCCGAGCCGGGCUCGUCCUGGGCGGCGCAGUGAACGGGCUCUCUCCUCAAACCAGUGGGAAUCGGGAGGGACGAUAUUUUAGAGCGGCGACCGCGGCGCCAGGAAGUGCUCGCCGAGACUCGCCCAGAGAGGACUCUUGGGAGUGCGUAAACAAGCUCGCGCGUCCUCGAAGGACCCUUGCAAGAGCCCUCUCGGAGUGCCCGAGUAUUCUCCGAAAAUGGCGUAAAUACUCCAGGGCCCUCGGCCGCGAGAUAUGAGGACUAAUCCUCGGAGCGCCUCUCAGAGCCCGCAUUCGACCGACAAUGAAUCUCACGAGGGUGUUUCUCCUGCUGAUACUCGCCGUUGGCUCGAGAUGUGUGUGCACGAGCGGUUUCACGGGUCAGAACUGCGAAAACGAGUACAUCCCCUGCGACCCGUCGCCUUGUGAGAAUGGCGGGUCGUGUCAUCAGAUCGACCAGCUUGCCUACAAAUGCAGCUGUCCGGAAGGGUUCCGAGGUCAAAACUGCGAGGAGAAUAUCGACGACUGUCCCGGCAACUUGUGCCAAAAUGGUGCGACUUGCAUGGACCGCGUCAACGAGUACUCGUGCCUGUGUCCACCCGCGUUCACUGGCACGCAGUGCGAGCUCGACGUCGAUGAGUGCUUGGUGAGGCCCUCGCCCUGCCACAACGGCGCGACCUGCACCAACUCCCACGGCAGCUACUCCUGCAUUUGCGUAAACGGCUGGACCGGACCCGAUUGCAGCGUGAACAUCGACGACUGCGCCGGCGCGGCGUGCUUCAACGGGGCCACUUGCAUCGACCGGGUCGGCAGCUUCUACUGCCAGUGCACUUACGGCAAGACCGGUUUGCUGUGCCACUUGGACGACGCGUGCACGUCAAACCCCUGUCAUCAGGGUGCCAUUUGCGACACCAGCCCCAUCAACGGCUCGUUCACGUGCUCCUGUGCCAGCGGAUACAAAGGACUGGACUGCUCCGAGGACAUUGACGAGUGCGAGCAAGGUUCUCCUUGCGAGCACGACGGGAUAUGCGUGAACACGCCGGGCUCCUUCGCGUGCAACUGCACCCAAGGAUUCACCGGUCCGAGAUGCGAGACCAACGUCAACGAGUGCGAGUCGCAUCCUUGCCAGAACGAGGGAUCGUGUUUGGACGACCCUGGAACGUUUCGUUGCGUCUGCAUGCCUGGUUUUACGGGCACCCAGUGCGAAAUCGACAUAGACGAAUGCGCGGCGAAACCAUGCCUGAACAACGGCGAGUGCACCGAUCUCAUAAACACCUUCAAAUGCACCUGCGCCGACGGUUUCGCCGGUUCUCACUGUCAGAUCAACAUCGAUGACUGUGCUUCCUCACCGUGCAAAAACGGUGGGACCUGCCAAGACAGCAUCGCGAAGUAUACCUGCGACUGUCCGCCGGGAUUUACCGGGGCCUCCUGUGAAACCAACAUCAAUGACUGCCAAUCGAAUCCUUGCCACAGCGGCACUUGUAUAGACGGCGAGAAUUCUUUCACCUGCAACUGCUUCCCGGGCUUCACGGGGCUCCUCUGUCAAACACAGAUCGACGAGUGCGAGAGCAAUCCCUGCCAGUUUGGAGGUAGAUGCGAGGACAAGGUCAACGGGUACCAGUGCAUCUGUCGACCUGGCACCUCGGGAGUCAACUGCGAGGUCAACGUCAACGAGUGCUACAGCAAUCCUUGCAGAAACGGAGCCAGAUGCAUCGACGGCAUUAACAGGUAUUCCUGCGAAUGCGAGCCAGGAUUUACUGGGCAGCAUUGCGAGACCGACAUUAACGAGUGCGCUAGCAAUCCUUGCGCCAAUGGUGGUCGCUGCAUCGACUUGAUAAAUGGCUUCAAGUGCGAGUGUCCACGUGGUUAUUACGACGCAAGGUGUCUGAGCGACGUGGACGAGUGCGCCAGUAAUCCCUGCACCCACGGAGGAACCUGCGAGGACGGGGUUAACCAGUUCAUCUGCCACUGCCAACCAGGGUAUGGCGGCAAGAGGUGCGAAGCCGACAUCGACGAGUGCGGCUCCAAUCCGUGCCAACAUGGCGGGAUUUGCAACGACCGUCUCAACGGGUACAGCUGCAAGUGCCUGGCAGGGUACGCCGGCACCAAUUGCGAGACCAACAUCGACGACUGCGCCGACAAUCCUUGCCAAAACGGCGGCUCUUGCAUCGACCUCGUCAACGACUACAAGUGUGUCUGCGAGCUACCCCACACCGGAAGGAACUGCGAGGAUAAACUUGACCCUUGCUCGCCAAAUAAGUGCCUCCACGGAGCGAAGUGCUCCCCGUCGUCCAAUUUCUUGGACUUCGCGUGCACCUGCACCGUUGGCUACACCGGAAGACUCUGCGACGAGGAUGUGGACGAAUGCGUGAUGACUUCGCCGUGCAGAAACGGGGCAACCUGCAGAAAUACCAACGGAUCGUACCAUUGCGUCUGCGCAAAGGGAUACGAGGGACGCGACUGCAUCGUUAACACCGACGACUGUGCUUCGUUUCCAUGUCAAAAUGGUGGCACGUGUUUGGACGGCAUCGGAGACUACACCUGCCUCUGCGUCGACGGAUUCAACGGAAAGCACUGCGAGAUCGACGUGGACGAGUGCCGCUCGGCACCCUGCCAGAACGACGCAAUUUGCAAGGAAUACGUCAACUCCUACACGUGCCAAUGUCAACUCGGCUUCUCGGGGAUCAACUGCCAGACCAACGAUGAAGAUUGUACGGAUAGCAGUUGUAUGAACGGCGGGAAAUGCAUCGACGGGAUCAAUAACUAUACCUGUGUCUGUCCGCCGGGGUACACUGGAUCGAAUUGUCAGUACAGGAUAAACGAGUGCGACAGUUCACCCUGUUUGAACGGCGCUACUUGUCACGAUCAUAUUCAGUAUUACACGUGCCACUGCCCUUACGGUUACACCGGGAAGCGUUGCGACAAGUAUGUCAACUGGUGCGAAGACAACCCCUGCGAGAACCAGGCUACCUGCGUACAACACAAGAACAAGUAUCACUGCAAUUGUUCGCCUGGCUGGACCGGCAAGGUCUGCGACGUUGAGAUGGUUUCGUGUAAGGACGCCGCUAUUAGGAAAGGUGUGCCCGAGAUUACCUUGUGCAACAAUGGAACCUGUGAGGACAUAGGCAAUAGUCAUCGAUGCCACUGUACGGAAGGUUAUACGGGUUCCUACUGCCAGGAGGAGAUCGACGAGUGCGACUCCGCCCCGUGUCAAAACGGAGCAACGUGUAAGGACCUCGUGGGCUCGUAUCAAUGCCAAUGCACGAAAGGCUUCCAGGGACAGAAUUGCGAACUCAACGUCGACGACUGCCGUCCAAAUCCCUGCCAGAACGGUGGCACUUGUCACGAUCUGAUAAACAACUUCAGCUGUUCCUGCCCACCUGGUACACUGGGAAUUAUUUGCGAGAUCAACGUGGACGACUGCGUUAUCGGAGCGUGUCACAAUAACGGAACGUGCACCGAUAAAGUUGGCGGAUUCGAGUGUAGGUGUCCUCCAGGUUUUGUCGGUCCACGUUGCGAGGGCGAUAUCAACGAAUGUCUUUCGAAUCCUUGUUCCACGCCCGGAACUCAGGACUGCGUGCAGCUCGUCAACAAUUACCAUUGUAACUGCAAACCAGGAUACAUGGGUCGUCAUUGCGAGGUUAAAGUGAACUUCUGUGACAGUUCACCUUGCCAGAAUGGCGGAGUCUGCACCGCUCGUCAAGCAGGUCACACCUGUAUAUGUCCAAACGAUUACUAUGGAAAUAAUUGCGAGUUCGCCGGUUCUUAUUGCGACACGGAACCUUGCCUCAAUGGCGGAUCCUGCAGGAUCACCGAUAGCGACGUGGGAUACAGGUGUCACUGCCCACCUGGAACCACUGGUACUCAUUGCGAGAUCGACGCCAGGGACGAAUGCGCCAGUAAUCCUUGUCAGCAAUCGGAGGCUAUAUGCGAAAACCUUAUCGGCGACUACGCGUGUUACUGUCCACCAAGGUGGACAGGAAAAAAUUGUGAGAUCUACGACCCCAACUACAGAGGAGGAGUCUUUGGAAGACCGAACUCCAAUAAUCCCAAGACCAUGAACGCUUACGACUUGAAUUUUGAGCGAGAGAAGAAAAAAUGUAUAGAAAAUCGCUGCGAAGAGAAAUCCGGAAACCAUCACUGCGACGAAGAGUGCAAUCGGUUUGCCUGCAACUUCGAUGGAAACGACUGCUCCUUGGGAAUCAAUCCAUGGCGUAAUUGCACCGCGCCGAUCAAUUGCUGGGAUGUCUUUAUGAAUGAUAUCUGCGACGAAGUCUGCAACAAUGCGCAAUGUCUCUUCGACGGGAGAGAUUGCGAGAAAAAGCUUCUGCCCUGCAACCCCGUUUACGAUGCUUACUGCCGGAAGCACUACGCUAACGGCUAUUGCGAUUACGGAUGUAACAACGAGGAAUGCAACUGGGAUGGAUUGGAUUGCCGACCAAAGAACGAACCACCUUCCUUAGCGGAGGGGGUAAUUUCCGUGGUGGUCAGAAUGGACAUGCAAACGUUCCGUAUGAACAAGGUGGCCUUCUUGCGAGACAUUGGCCAUGAACUGAGGACGACUCUUCGAGUCAAGCAAGACGAGCUCGGUCACGACAUGAUAUAUCCCUGGAAAAGAGAAAGAGAACCUGGACUAGAAACUAGCAUUUUUGGAAGACCGACUACCAUAUACACCGACAACCAAAGCGGUAUCAUAGCGUAUCUGGAAAUCGACAACAGAAAGUGCACGGACACUCAGGGCGCAGUUUGCUUCCCUUCAGCAAACGAAGCUGCCGAAUACCUAGCCGCGACUGCCUCUAAGCAUUCCCUUUCGAGGAACUUCCCUAUCGAGCAGGUGCGAGGUGUAAUCGGGACCCAGAGACCGGAUUAUCCGGAUACACCGACGAACUAUAAAUACGUCUUCAUCGGAGUCAUUAUCGUCAUUCUUGGUGGUCUCUUGGUCGGUGUUCUGGUAACGGCUCAGAGAAAACGUGCUGCAGGAGUAACAUGGUUCCCCGAAGGGUUCCUAAGGACCAACAGCGGAAGCGGUCAGAGGCGAAGAUCCAGAAGACGCGGACCCGAUGGCCAGGAGAUGAGGAAUCUGAACAAGCAGCCGUCCGUCAAUUGUAUGGACAUGGACGUGGGCAAUGGCCGUGCUCAACAAUGGUCGGACGACGAAUCCGAUCUUCCGCCAUCGAAGCGCAUGCGAGCGAUCGAACCAGGAUACGCGAGCGAUCACACCGCCAUCACCGAUUACGAGGAAACCGAGCCCAGGAUGUGGACUCAACAGCACUUAGACGCGGCUGAGAUCCGAGGAAGGCCGGAUGCCGGGGUUCUGACCCCACCCAGCCUAGAGCACGGUCAAGACGUCGACGCCAGAGGACCCUGCGGCAUGACUCCCCUGAUGGUGGCGGCGGUUCGCGGAGGGGGACUCGACACCGGAGAAGAGGAGGACGAGAGCGACGGGACCGCCGCCGUCAUAGCGGAUCUCGUGGCUCAAGGUGCCGAUUUAAACGCCACUACCGACAAAAGCGGCGAGACCUCGCUGCAUCUAGCCGCCAGGUAUGCCAGGGCCGACGCCGCCAAACGGCUUCUGGAUGCCGGGGCGGACGCAAACUCGCAAGAUAAUACGGGAAGGACGCCGCUGCACUCGGCCGUCGCCGCCGACGCCAUGGGAGUGUUUCAGAUCCUCCUGCGGAAUCGCGCUACCAACUUGAACGCUCGCAUGCACGACGGGACCACGCCUCUAAUUCUGGCUGCACGGCUGGCCACCGAAGGCAUGGUCGAAGAUCUGAUAAACGCCGACGCAGACAUCAACGCCGCGGAUAACAGCGGCAAGACCGCCCUUCACUGGGCCUCCGCGGUGAACAACGUCGAUGCGGUGAACAUCCUGUUGGUCCACGGAGCGAAUCGCGACGCGCAGGACGACAAGGACGAGACGCCGCUGUUCCUGGCUGCCAGGGAGGGCAGUUUCGAAGCGUGCAAGGCCCUGCUCGACACCUUCGCCAACCGGGAGAUAACCGACCACAUGGACCGCCUGCCUCGCGACGUGGCCAGCGAGCGGCUCCACCACGACAUCGUGCGGCUUCUCGACGAGCACGUACCGAGAUCCCCGCAGAUGGUCUCCGUGAUCCCGAACGGUACUCUGAUGGGAUCGCCGAACCACCCUCAGCUAAUCACCCACCCGACGGUGAUCGGCUCGGCUCCGAAGCAGCCCAAGUCGAAGAAGCGUCCAAAGGCCGCGACCGCGGGGAACCCCAACAGCCCGGAGUCCGAGGGCGCCGUCGCGGUCAGGCGAAAACCCUCGGUGAAAAAGCCGCCGACCAAACGAGGAGCUCAGCCCCCAAACCAGGAAAUCCCUCAGGGAGCGGAGGGAGCCGAGGGGAACUUGCCGAGCCCUUACGACAGCGCCAGCCUUUACAGCAACGCCCUGCCCCUGGUCGGACACACGGCCACUGCCAAGCAACCGCCGCCCUACGAGGACUGCAUAAAGGGCCAAUCCAUACAGGGCCUGCAGCAGCUGGGCCUGGACACCUUUACGACCAACUACGGCCUGCCUAAUUUUCACGACCAGCUGAUCGCUUCCCACCAGCGACAGAGUCAGGGUAUGGUGAACACCCUGUCGCCUCCCUACAGCAACCAGUCGCCCCCGCACUCAGUGCAGUCCAACAUGACCCUGUCGCCGCAGGCGAGCUACAUGGGCUCGCCUUCCCCAGCCAAGAGCAGGCCUUCGCUCCCGACCUCUCCCACGCACAUCGCGGCGAUGCGGCAGGCGACGCAUCAAAAGCACGGCAGCAUGCCGCCGGUUGGAUUCGACUUCGAUAACCUACCCUACUCUGCCGGGCCGCCGCCGCCGCCUCAACAACAGCAGCAGCAACAACAGCAACAACAACAGCAGCAGCAGCAAAUGCAGCAGACGCAGCAGCAGAUUCAACAGCAGCAGCAGCAGCAGCAACAACAACAACAACAGCAGCAACAGCAGCAGCAGCAGCAGCAACAGCAGCAGAGUACGCAGCAGCAGCAACAACAGCCCCAGCAGUACUAUCAGUACUUGACGCCGCCGUCGCACCACUCGGGGCCCGACGUGACGCCGCAGCACCUGAUGCAGGCCCCUGAAAGCUUUCCAACGCCCUCGCCGGACAGCCCCGGGCACUGGUCAUCCAGCUCGCCGCACUCGAACAGCGACUGGUCGGAGUGCAUGGCGUCGCCGAACGCUUACGUUUCCGGCGCCGCGCACCAAAGCAACAAAGGCUCCGAGGCGAUCUACAUAUGAUGAGAGCUCCCGCGGGCAGCCCCUCUCUCCGUCUCUCCGCGUCAACGGACCCGGCCUCUCGCGAGCUCGAGCGGGUUGCCGGCGUAGCGUCCGGGUAGCGACCCCGCGGCGAAGCUGCGACCGCGAGGGGGAGGGCGGGGACGGGUCGCGGGCUCGCUCGAGGCGAGUCAACCGCGUCCCGCGUGGAACGCCUGCGUCCGUUGCACCUCCGCGUCCGUGUUCGGACCCCGGGCCCUACGAGGAGCGCGCUUUCGCUUCGUCCUCGUGUAAUAGCCGCACCGUGCCUCCGACGAAGCCGAGCGAACGCAAGGAUAAAAAGUUAAAACGUAGCUAUCUAUACGUACAUAUAUUUUUUAUAUCGAUGAGUUUCUAUAUAUAGAUAUAUCGUACCGCGAAUGGCUCAGCUCAAUAUCAAGGUGCCUUCGACUUGCCAGAGUGAAGACCCGACGGACAAUAAUUAAGGAACGAGACCUUGCUACUACAAUAGGGAUUGUACAUAAAUUCAGUGGACCAGCGUGCAUACUAGGGGAUACGUACUCCGCGCGACGACGCCGACGAUUGUCUAGCGCUACGAUAUACGUGUUAAUAUUCUAUUUAAUAUGUACGCGCGCACGGCAUAGUCAUACAUAGAGGGAUGGCGCGUCUCCGAGCGGAACGGCGAGUUACUCCGCGCACCGUACUACCGAAUGGCGGGACCGGGUCGGACGCUCACCGGGAGUCGCAACUCUCGGCGAGCCUCCGGCCGUCCUCCUGACCCGGAGCGCGCGGCGGACGGACCGGACGAAUACCGUGCCUUCGAUUAUUGCCUAGGUAAGACGCAUCGUAGGUAAAUUGCUAAAUCGUGCGUUUCGCUGAACGCAGCGUUUCCAAAUGGCCUUUACGACUAGCGGUUAGGAUAAUAUAAUUAGCCCGAAUUAGGCGUAGGAUUUAGAGAUACGCGAGAGACGAGGUAGACCGGUCGGCGCGGCAUCGGGAAUUCCUUCGUUGCUCUUCCGGCGCGAGCCCACGUUCCAUACGCAGACAUUCCAUACGCUCGUUUUCAUCCCUUCGUUCCUUGUUCGCGCUCCCCUCCUACCAUUUUAUUUCUCUACCAUUUCCUACUUCUCCUUCGCCCUGACUAACCAUCUAGGAUAGAAUUUACUACGUUAAUCUUUGCGAGAACUAGUUCCCUUAAAUUAAGUACGCGCCGGCGAGAAAGGAAACGAUUCUCCGAAGCCACGUCUACCCAAAGUCCUUGGCGACGCGUACAGUCGACGUCAACGCCUCGUCUCGGGCGUAUCGCUCGGAGGACGCGAAAUCCUCCACCCUACGAAAUUCCAGUGCACUCUCGCGAUCGUCUCUUAAGCGGCCUCUUAGAAACGAUCCGAAAUCGAGUCGCGGCCGCAUGUUGUACGCGGACUUGACAUCGAGACAACUUUAGUUCCCUUGAUAUUGUAAAUACUCCUUUAUCCUACUUACCUUAUACUCUGUAGAGUACUUUUAUAAUUAUAUCCUUCUCUCGAUUUUUGUACAAACUGUUUUUACAUAUUUUUGUACCACUUUAGUUAGCCGGUAACAGCGUUGCUCCUGCUAUUCGCGCAAGAUGGCAUGCACACGGUAAUCUCGUUUCCUCGAUCGUUAUAUCGACAAUCCCCCUCCCCAUACUUAUUUACGUGGAUUUAUUUCCGUUACUCCGUGAAAAUACUCCUUUUUUUCUCUCUCUCUUCUCCGCUCUCUUCUUCUGCCUCUUGGUGCAAUACCGAGUCACGCAAUGGUGCGACGGAACUCUUCAUUUUCACUUAUCCAGAUCCGACGCGGUAUCGAGCCUGUACAUUCCGUUCUCGUAUGUAGAGAUUCGAUAUCUAUUUAUGAAGCAGGGGGUGCAUUUAAAUUGUUUGUUUAGAUCAACUAAUGACGUUGCGAAUAAGAGUUUGAAUUGUUUCACGGUUGCAGAUGUUUAAUAUUAGUCGUAUGGUGUGCCAAAAGUAAGAAUCUGGAAAUUGUUAUCGCGCCACGCUGGAUUAAAUCAUACGCAACGAGAUUGACUUUACAUGACACUUGACGGCGUAUGUCGCAAGAGAAUGCACGGACGAUUUAGAAAUUUGAUAUACAAUUUAAAUAUGAGAGAUUCCAUUAUAGAAAAAUAUACCGAUCCAUUUAUGCUCGAAUAUAUUGUAAAUUAUUAUACGUCUUAGGGAAUAGCUUAAAUAAUGAACGGUUGAAUCUUUUUUUCAUGGACCUAACAGAUUAUGAAAUUUUUAUUUGACGUUAUUUCCAAAAAUCUGUUGAACACCGAGGAAAAUGGCCAUUAAGUAUAAUACAUACUUUCUUGAAUUUCCAAAUUGUCUGGGUUCUUUUGUUAAAACGUACUGAGCACCCUACAUUGAUCAGUGAGAAUAGUACUGUAAUUAAUUUCAGACAUAUCAAUUGAUGGAACUCUUCCUGCGUUCUGUAUUCGAGAAAAUCGAUUUGCACUUAUCGUGAUAAAUGCGUGUAUCAAUGGAUACGUAUGUCAUGUACGUAUAACAAAAGGCUGGAUGGACGAGAAAGAAUACCCGUCCUUACAAAACUUUUAGGUAACCGUUCUCGGUGCACCAUCUCCCUCUGUGUUAAAAGUGGUUACGCUCUAAGAAUAGCCUACGGUUAUAAUUAUUAAGUUAGACCACUCUAUUUACUACAAUAGAACUUGUUAUUCCUUGUAACUUGUAAAAAGUACUGAGUUUUAUUAGUAUUAACUAUUUGGUAAGCGAGCUAAGAGUACGUUUGAUCUUACAACAUCCUCAUUCCCCAACAUUUUUAUAACUAAGUUAUGUCUUUUAAACAGAUGUAAUAAUAAAGAUAAUCUAACAUUCUCCAUAGGGUUGUUGUUCUGUUCUACAGUGCUAUGCUUCCGCAUUUUUACUCUUUAAUAAUAAGCAUAGGUACUUCUAGUAUAUUUCGACAGAUUUUACACAACAAUCAAAUUGUAUUAUAGCAAUAAAAAAUAAAAAAGCUAAAAAUAA